AAGGAUGCCAACACACUAGGUCUUCCCCGGAACAAAAUUGAAAAGUCUCUGUCAAAACCCUAGUUUGCAUCCCUGAGCCACCCUCGACUGCUGAAUCCGCUUGUUCAUUGAAUCAGGUGAUGUCUGAUUAGGUCAUAUGGUUCAACCUGAUGGUCUUCAAUGCUGCAAGAUUAAAGAAAUGCUUUUGUCAAUCUUUUGGAGCCUUUACCCUACCCAUUACUUUUACUGAUACUACCUGUUAUCCAGGAAUUUUCAAAACCAGGAGAGAAGGUAAAGUAGAUAUGGCCUCAAGUUUGUGCACUCUUGUAUCUGAUGGAGAAUCACAUACCCAGCCUUCUCUAAUAGUCAGCCAGGACCAGAUAUGUCCAGUCUCAAAUGUUCAAUCCACUCCAGAAAUUGAAAAGAAAUAUGUCCACCAUGUUUAUGAUGCAAUUGCUCCACAUUUCAGUUCUACCCGCUUUGCCAAGUGGCCAAAAGUUGCCACCUUUUUGAAAUCCCUGCCUUCUGGAUCUCUUGUCUUGGAUGCAGGAUGUGGAAAUGGGAAGUAUUUGGGUUUAAGUCCAGAUUGCUUUUUUAUAGGAUGUGAUAUAAGUGCUCCUCUUAUCAAUAUAUGUGCUGAUAGGGAUCAUGAAGUUGUGGUUGCUGAUGCUGUAAAUCUUCCUUAUAGAACUGGUUUUGGUGAUGCAGCAAUCUCUAUCGCUGUGUUACAUCACCUAAGUACAGAGAGUAGGAGAAAGAAGGCAAUCCAAGAAUUAGUCAGAGUUGUUAAAAAGGGUGGGUUAGUUCUAAUAACGGUUUGGGCUGUGGAGCAAGAGGAUAGAUCAUUGGUUACCAAAUGGACUCCUCUUUCUCCGAAGUAUGUGGAGGAGUGGAUAGGACCAAGUAGUCCCCGCAUUCGUAGUCCUUCAUCCUUCACUCUGGAAAGUAUCCCUGAAACAGAAGAGAAUGGUUCAGGAGAGCACUUAAAAGAUUUGAAGGAGAUUUCCAAUGAGAACUUGCAGGAUACUAUGCAUUCAACCUGUCAAACUGAAGAUGAUUCAAUGACUUUUAAAAUUAAAAAAAAUAUUGAGAGCCAUCAGGAAUAUUUUGUCCCUUGGCACCUACCUUACCAUCGUGCAGAAGUCAGUGGUGCUUCUGCUUGUGCUCUUGCAAAUGGCCUGGCAAAGAAAGAUGAUAAAAAGGGUGCCGUAGUUUACAAUAGAUAUUACCACGUGUUCAGUGAAGGCGAACUUGAAAGGUUGGUAUCUGGUAUGGACAAUGCAGUCAUUGUUGACCAAUUUUUUGACAAAUCAAAUUGGUGUAUUAUCCUUGAGAAAACAUUAUGACAAACCAAAUUUGUGGUACAUCAACCAAUCUGAGUGUAAUUCAUACAGAAGAUGGUGAUGAUCCAGUUGAUAGUUGCAGGCACUGCAAAAUCUUCACUUUCAGAAGUAGCUUCCCAUAGGAAGCCCACAUGUUUCAGUAACACAGGUGAGGAUGCUGAAUGCCUUGUUUCCAAAGUUUGUGAGAGGGUCUUCACCUUUAUUGUUUCCUGAUUUAGCGGGGUUUGCUUCUAGGUACAGUUGCCUUGUGCCUCAACCUUUAAACAGUCAGCCCCCCAACUCCACCUAAAAAGGCAAGCACACUGAGACACAAUUAGAUAUGAUUCUACUUGUUCCCAAUGUAUCAUGCAUUGGUCCUACAGGUCAAAGGUCACUGAAUAUAGGUAUUUCUUAGCCAGGGGCUUUAUUUGCAUUUGUGUGAUCGAUGUUGGAGUCAAAACUGUUCUAUGCCAUUUGAUCGAUUUUGUCAACUUGUUUAUUGUCCAAUAAAGAUCCAACAGACUAGGGCUGUUUCAUUCUCCUCAA